UCUAAGUCUUAAAAGUGUUUCGCUCAUAGCUAAAAUUACCUAGUCUUCAAACUUCGAAUUCGGAGAUCCCCAACGUUGGAAACUAACAAAGUCUUAUCUUCAGAAUAAACGCAUCUCCGAAUCUUCGGACUAAGUGUUUUUACCAGAGCUGUGAGACGGUAAAUGAACGACCGUAAGCACGAUGUGUUCGACGAAGAAGACCGUGGCCCUUUGAGCGAUCUAGACUUCGAUUCCGACGAGGAAUCCGCGGCGCUCGAGCCCGGGCUUGGCGUCCGAGAUGAGAGCGGCCAGGAUGGCACGCCGUUGGUGGCUUCUCGCGCCGGCACCCUGAACAUCGACACUAGCAGCGCCGGGAUUUCCGAUUCACAGAAACGGAGCCGGAGGCCAAGCGACGCUUCCACCAAGAAAGUGGUAGCUUGGAAGGAUUUGCCCAAGAAAAAACAACUUAUCGUCAUCACGCUGGCCCGGCUCAGCGAGCCAUUGGUUCAGACUUCUCUGCAGUCGUAUAUGUUCUACCAGCUGCGAUGGUUCGAUCCGAGCCUGCCGGACUCGGUCAUUUCGAGCCAGGCCGGCGUCCUGCACGCCAGCUUCACCGCGGCGCAGUUCUUCACGGCGAUGGUGUGGGGCCGUGUCGCGGACUCGAUGUGGGCGGGCCGUAAGACGGUUAUCUUGAUCGGAUUGCUCGGAACUCUCUUGUCGUGUAUUGGAUAUGGGUUCUCGACGUCUUUCUAUCAGGCGUUGUUCUUUAGAUGCCUAGGUGGCGCAACGAAUGGCAACGUUGGGGUAAUGAGGACUAUGAUUAGCGAGAUUGUCCGCGAGAAGAAAUACCAAUCGCGAGCAUUCCUGAUUUUGCCUAUGACCUUCAACAUCGGCGUCAUCAUUGGCCCAGUCCUUGGUGGUGUUCUAUCUGACCCGGCAGGUUCAUACCCAGAUACAUUCGGCAAAGUAGGAUUCCUCCUGAGAUUCCCCUAUGCUACACCAAAUCUCGUCAGCGCAGGAUUUUUGACCAUCGCUUUGGUUAUGUGUUGGUUAUUCUUGGAAGAGACACACGAUGCUCUGCAGGAUAGACGAGAUAUCGGAAUUAUCCUGGGAAAUAAGUUAACCUCAAUAUUCAAGAGACGUCAAACGUCAAUAGCAUAUACUCCAUUACACUCACGAAACACCAGCAUAAGCACCGACCUCGAAAUGUCCCCCGUCUCUCUCCGCGGUUCCGACGAGGACGAGCGCGAAACCUCCAAGAAGCCAACCACCAAACGUCGGUACACCACGCGGCUCACCUUCCGCCGCAUCUUCACCACGAACGUGACGUUCACGCUCGCGGCGCACUUCUUCCUCGCCUUCCACGUCGGCACCUUCAACUCGCUCUGGUUCGUCUUCCUCUCGACCCCCGUCUUCAACCCGUCGGACCCAGACCCGCCAGGCUUCGAACCCAAACUCCCCUUCCGAUUCACAGGCGGUCUCGGGCUGCCGCCCCGCUCCGUGGGCAUGGCCAUGGCCAUCCUCGGCGUCAUCGGCAUCUCCAUGCAGCUGUUCCUGUACCCGCGCCUGUCCUCGCGCUUCGGCACCCUGCGCUCGUACCGCGCCUGCCUGUACCUCUUUCCCAUAGCGUACACCCUGAUCCCCUUCCUGUCCGUCGUCCCCUCGACCGCGGCGCCGCCGAGCCAGAAGACCGGCCCCGCGAUCUGGCUCGCGAUCGCCGGGGUCCUGUUCAUACAGGUCACGGGCCGCACGUUCGCGCUGCCGGGCCAGACGAUCCUGGUUAAUAACUGCACGCCGCAUCCGAGCGUGCUGGGCACCGUGCACGGGCUCGGGCAGAGCGUGAGUAGUUUCGCGAGGACGGUCGGCCCGGUUUUGUGCGGUUGGCUUUACGGCGUUGGGUUGAGUAGGGGAAUGAUUGGGGGUGUGUUUUGGGGGCUCGCCGGGGUCGCGAUUGGGGGGUUGGUGGUUAGUGUUUUUGUGAGGGAGGGGGAUGGGCAUGAGAUUUGGCUUGAGGGGGAUGAGGAGGAUGAAUAGGGUGGAAAAUGGCUGGUUUUUUUUGGUAGGGAUUUAUUUUGGGUACGCUACACUGGCAUGAACGUAGUGGUUUCUUAGAGGGUUAGGAGUCAUGAUGAGGUAUGAUACAUGAUAUACGGUGGAAUGGACUUGCAUAGACUUGGGAGGAUAGAGACCAAUUGGAUUAAAUUUAGUAUAUAUCUUGUCUUUGUAGACGUUUUGGUGAUGGUUAAGAGAUAUUCCAUUGGCUGACCUGCUGCUCUGCAGAUACCCCUUUUAUUUCAC